AUGGAAACCGACUUGACAAAGGGAGGCCUCGAGGACGAGCCAGUCGUGACGGAGCUUCCACAUAUUCCCGAGGACGAAUUUGUGAUCUUCGGCCUCGUCUAUGCCUAUCCUGAGCAUGCGGACUCCCUUGAAGCUGUCUAUGCCGAGACAACGCGGCUAGCGGAGUUCGAGCCUGGCUCCAUAUACUACUGCUUGGCGCGUGAUAGCGAUGACCCGACUCUUUUCCACUUUUUUGAACGAUAUGCAGGCAAGAAAGCCUUUGAUGCGCAUAAUGAGCAGCCCAUCAUCCAGAAGCUGAUGGAAGACAAAUAUAUUAAAGCGGUUAAGGCGAAGUUCUGCAAGCCCAUCCAACCCGCGGCUGCUCCAAGUUGA